AUGAAUUGUGCUGCACCAUGCUAUUGUUGUCAAUGUCCCAGUUUGAAGGAGGAGGAACCCUAUCCAGACAUGCUCCGACGAGAGCUGUUCGGUGAAUACGGCCAGUCGGGAUCGCCGGAAAAUUGUUGCAAUCCGCAGUGUGCUGUGGUGAUUCCCCCCAGGGGAAACAAAAAACGAGCUCGCGAGCAAAUUCUCCCACGAAAGUCGAUCAAACCUAUCCGAGCAAUACAUAAGGCAAAACAUCGAAAAAAAACAAAGCGUUUGAAAAUGUUCCUACUACCGAAAACCGGGAUUAGGUUGAACACACCGUCGCACCAUCAUGCGGAAGACGACGACGGCUGCAGUGGCGAUGCCGACGGUUGUGGUGACAACGAAUGCUGUGGUGGUCACAACGACAGUGGCAGUGGCAUCGACAGCAGUGACGGUGGUGGUAUCUACAAAGACUAUCACGAUGACAACUAUAACAACUAG